AAUGGAGAAGACGUUUUGUGUUACAAGAAAAGUUGAACCGAGAGAGAAUGCUGCUAAGACUAAUUCUGAAGUUAGCGAUUUCUGGGGUACAAAUCCAAGGAACAUGACAGAUACUUUCUUUUUGAUACUGAUGACACUUUUCCUUAUUGUGCUGUGUGUUUUUCUUGGUUAUUGCAUACUUUACGGUGAUAUAUUCCGAAUAAUCAAUGGCUAUGACAAUUGCGGUAAUAUAUGCGGCAGAAAAACCAUAUCGAUCCAAAGCAAUAAUACUGGAAAUUGUUCUAGAUCCAACGAGGAUAGUCCGUUUCACCUAGUGCUCAAAAGGAAUGAUAGCAACAUAAAGGACAGAUACUGCGUCAAAAAUUGUUCAUUUUUUGCUGGAUACCGUCCAUUUCUCAAUAGAUGUGUUCCGAAUGCCACACAUAAAAUCGUAGAUAAGAUCAUCUCCAAGACUGGAAUCAGCAACUUCUUCCAGGAAGUUUCAGAAGAUUUUCAUCUUUGCUAUAAAGAAGUUGUCUAUCUCUUCCUCAUAUCUUUGUUUAUAUCAACAGUACUGCUAGUUGCGUUCAGAUACUUGGUAGGAUAUGUGGUUUGGGGAUUGUUAAUUGGAGUAGUAGUAAUUUGUCUUGCUGCAACAGUUUGGUUAUGGAUAAUCUGGACGAAUUUGAAAAAUGAUCAAGAUGAUAUUCAGACUGAUCUUCUUCCUGUAGUUGAGAGCAGAAAAAAGGACACACACCUAGCUUUCGCUAUAGCUUCUACAGUGAUUACUGCUUUAGUUCUUCUGGUCAUUCUAGUGUUGAGGAAAAGAGUACAAAUAGUGGUGCAACUGUUCAAAGAGUCGGGAAAAGCAGUUGCAGCUAUGCCAGCACUGAUUGUUCUGCCUGUUUUAACAUUUAUCUGCCUUGCCAUUGUGAUUGCCCUCUGGUUUUUCUUCAGCUUAUGGGUGGAGAGUGCUGGGAUUUUGACUGAAGUAGGCAGCGGCGUAUUUCAUUACGAAAAAAAUAUUUGGAUGAAGAUAACCAGGUGGCAGAAUCUGUUUGCCAUGCUCUGGAUGAGCCAGUUUCUUGUAGGAUGCCAACACAUGGUCAUAGCUGGCGCUGUGUCUUCUUGGUAUUUCACCAGGGAUAAGACCAGGCUGGGUUGGCCUAUAUAUCGCAGCAUCCAAAACCUGAUCCGAUACCACUUGGGGUCUGUAGCAUUGGGCUCUUUGGUGAUCGCAGUAGUGCAGUUUAUCAGGAUAAUACUGAAAUUUAUCGAAGCAAAGUUGAAGGGCCGCGAAGGUUCUUGCGCAAGGAGUGUACUGAGAUGCUGCCAAUGUUGCCUCUACUGUUUCGAAAAAAUCCUCAAAUAUUUGACCAGAAACGCCUACAUAGAAGUUGCCGCCUAUGGUUAUUCUUUCUGCAAGGGUGGUAGACAAGCGUUUCGUCUACUGGUAGCGAAUGCUUUGAGAGUGGCGGCCAUCAACUCAAUAGGAGAUAUCACAUUGUUCUUGGGGAAGGUUGUUACCGUGAUAGUCACAGUUUUUACAGGCAUGAAAAUGUUAGAGAACAAAGAAGGACUCCAGCACAUGUGGGUACCUUUAACUUUGGCUGGAUUAUUUGCUUACUUCGUCUCCCACUGCUUCCUGACAGUAUACGAGAUGAUUAUCGACACGAUCUUCCUAUGCUUCUGUGAAGAUUGCGAAAAGAACGAUGGAAUCGGACGUCCGUAUUACAUGUCAAGAGGACUUAUGUCGUUCGUUGAAAACUCCAAGAAAAUCAUUGAACUUCACGAGAGUAGGAGGUCUCUGACCAAUGUCAAUACUCAAGUUUCGCCAAACAACGAAUCAAAAGGUGGGGGAGACCGGAAAUCAUAGAAAAUUCCAUGUUUUAUCGUAUGCUACGCUCGCUCAUUCUUUUUAUAAAAUAUUUUACCUACUUCUAUCAAAUAUAUGAAUUUUAUGAU